AUGGAUUCUUCCAAAUACGAUUAUUGUGAAAACUUUGAUAAAGUCCAUGGAAUCUUAAUGUAUAAAGAUUUUGUCAAACAUUGGGAUGAUGUGGAAACAUUCCAGGCAAGACCAGAUGAUAUUGUCAUUGUCACCUAUCCUAGAUCUGGUACUACGUGGGCUAGCGAAAUUAUAUACCUGAUCUGUAAAGAUGGUGAUGUGGAAAAGUGCAAAGAAGAUGUAAUUUUUAAUCGAAUACCUUUCCUGGAAUGCAGAAAGGAAAAAUUUGUGAAUGGAGUAAAACAAUUAAAUGAGAUGGUAUCUCCCAGAAUAUUGAAGACUCAUCUGCCACGUGAACUUUUUCCAGCCUCAUUUUGGGAAAAGAACUGUAAGAUCAUCUACAUUUGCCGAAAUGCCAAGGAUGUGGCCGUUUCUAAUUAUUAUUUCUUUCAAAUGAUAAAUUCUUAUCCAGAUCCUGGAUCUUUUCCAGAGUUUGUGGAGGAAUUCAUGCAAGGAGAAGUUCCUUACGGCUCCUGGUUUAAACAUGUAAUAUCUUGGUGGGAAGAGAGAAACAAUCCAUGUGUGCUGUUUAUUUUGUAUGAAGACAUGAAAGAGGAUAUCAGAAAAGAGGUGGUAAAAUUGAUCCGGUUCCUGGGAAGGAAGCCAUCAGAGGAGCUUGUGGAAAAGAUCGUACAACACACUUUAUUCCAGGAGAUGAAAAACAAUCCAUGUACCAAUUAUACAACAGUACCAGACGAAGUCAUAAACCAAAAAGUGACACCCUUCAUAAGAAAGGGGAUUACAGGAGACUGGAAGAAUCACUUUACAGUAGCCCUGAAUGAAAGAUUUGAUCUUCACUAUGAGCAGCAAAUGAACGAGUGUACAUUGAAGUUUAGAACUGAGAUCUAA